UCAUAAUUGAAGUACACCCAUAAGUUAUAUUAGGACAAAUUAAUUACUGUCGUCCUCGCUGGCAGUCCUUCGUUUUGCCGACCACAAGUGCUGGUGUACCAGUGUUGUCUCUUCCGUUAAGUUAAUUAACCGUUAGCUUAUUGAAGAGAGCAUAUGAUUAAAAACAGUUUCGUGUAUUUUUCCUUGUCGCAGCGAUGAACAGGAAAAGAGCGCUAGUUUCAGACACAUUUGUCAAAGUGAAAAAACGAAGAUUUGGGGCUGACAGUCUAUUCGGAAACCCAGAAAAUGGAGAGGCCCAAGAUGGAAUGCCGGACAUUAAGGCUAACUUGCAGUACCUGAUGACUUUGUUUCCUCGAAAAUUGUUCAACGACACGCUGCCACCAAUAGUUCUUAAACAUCAACUAUACAGCUUACAUAGUGACAAAACCUUGGUUGAUAAGCAGUUGAGUGAUUUUAGAGAUCAAGGAAACCUACUUAUGUUCCAGUUUGGUUUCGACUCUGAUGUCUUUGGAGUGGUGUUUGCUGAGGACUACAGGACUAGAGUCCUGGCAGGCCAGGUUGGCAAAGAGACUAUGGGAACUGUGGAAAAGUUUCUGGAUAAAGUACUGCCAUUCUGCCCUGACCUGAGCUUCAACAAGGACAAAAUGCUGAAGGAAUUCCUCUUCACAGAUUCUGAAAUAACGCAUCUAGUGAAGUCAGGAGUGUUGACUGUGAGAGACGCUGGCAGCUGGUGGCUCUCCAUACCAAACUCCGGCAAAUUCACAAAGUACUUCAUGCAGGGACGCAAAGCUGUUCUUGGCAUGGUCAAGAAGUCCAAAUACGGUGAAAUCUUGAAGACAGAUUUGGAAGAACGCAAGACUACCUCUCAAGUGAAAUUCCCAAUGAAAUAUCAUGUACAUGAUAUUGUUGGGGCUGAGUUAGUAGAAUGCAUACCAACGACUUCAGGAAUGUUGUUACGUUUCGUCGACAGCUGAGCAGACGAGUUGAAGACCUCAUUACUGA